AUGGGCCUUCGCUGGAGCUUGCUGCUGCUUGCAGCAGCCGUCGCCUUGCUGUCCGGCGAUGCGUCCGCGCAAGUCGUGGUGCCGCAGUGCUACUCGACCCGAAACCUCCCCGGCGAGACCAACCCCUGCAAGCACUCCUUCGACGCCAAAUUCGACUUCACCAACACCACCGUGACCGUCCCCGGCGGCAAAAAGAACCCCGCGGGCACGAGCUACUCCCGGUUCUGCAUCACCCUAAGCACGACCCGCCCCUGCAACCCGGCAGACUCCAUGUGCUGCCCCGCCGCCGUGCCCGUGACCUCCAGCAGCCCCAGCGUGUACGAGCUCCAGCUCUUCACACGCUCCGAGUGCGUUGAGAAGGGCGCCGGCAACACCGAGCUCAAGAAGAUCCGCUUCUACCUGGGAGACAAGAAGAUCUCCCCCGGCAUCGACAAGAAGGCGCCCGCGCUUACCUUCCGCCGCUCCUGGUGGGGCACCAACAAGCUCUGCUUCGAGAUCCCCCUGGACGGCCAGGGCGUCACCCCCUGCAGCUCCCUGCCGCUGCUCUGCUCCGCCGACGGCUGCAAGCUGACAUUAGUCACCAAGCCCUUCGACCAGGCCGGCGCGGGCUGCGCUGCGCGGGGCGUGGGGCGCGCGCGCCGCAUUGGCGCCGGCCCGGGGUCCGCCUUUGAGAGGCUGGCCUGCCCCGGACCCCCAGGACUCACGGACGGCAAGACCGGGCCCAAGAAGAAGACCGGCUGCAAGAUGUCCUCAGGCCUCGAGUAUGACUGCACCGCCACCUGCACCCGCCCCGGCUUCAAGUGCAAUGCCGCCAACCUGUGCAUCCCGUACGUCCCGCCCCCGACCACCGGCGACGACUGCUCCAACGGGCCCGCCGAUAUUUGCAAGGUCCAGUGCCUCAACGGCGGCACCUGCCUUCCCCCAGACUCCUGUGACUGCACGGGCACCGGCUACUCCGGCCCCACCUGCAACAUCCGCAACUGCACCGGCUUUGCAGUCAACGCCGGGGCCGACCAGACCGUCACGACCGGCACCGUCAACAUCACCGUCGCAGUCACGCCCGCCGCGUUCACGCCGGCGGACAUCUCGUUCACCUUCACGCCGGCCACCGCCGGCGCAGCGUGCGUGGCGGCGGCCGGCGCCCCCGGCGUUUACACCUGCAGCGGGCUGCCGAACGGGAAGACCACCAUCAACGUGACCGCCACCAAGGACGUGUGCGUGACUUCCGAUACCGUUGACAUCACCGUGACACCCUCCGGCGGCGGCUGCACCGACGUGGCUGUGUCAGUUGUUCCCGCCGCCGCCAACGUUGUCAACGGCGCCAUCGACGUGACGAUCACCCUGGGCGCGUCCCUGACAGGCGCCACCCCCGUCGUCACGGUCACCCCGUCCGGCACCUGCGCAGUCAAGGCUGGCAACGUCUACACUUGCACUGGCUUGGCGACCGGCCAAAGCACCAUCAGCGCGAGCGCCACCCUCGGAGACUGCAAGGGCUCGGGGUCCGUGGUGGUUUCCACCUCCACUGGUGAGCAAAAGGAGCAGCCCGCUCUGGUGACCUGUGAUUUUGGCCACAAAUGCGUGUGA